ACGCAUGCUCAGGACUCGCGCGCUUGCCGAUUGUGCUGUCAAUAAAGUUAUAUUUGAAGGACUCCUGACCGGUCGGCGUUUGUGAAUAAAGUUUUUGUUGAAGCCAUGGCGGAUUAUAAAGAGGCGCCGCUCGCCUCCCUGCCUCAAACCCUUGAUCCGCGCGAGUACCUGGAGCUGAGCCCAGAGGAGCGCCGGGCCCAAGAGGAGAGACUCGCCAUCCGUGCCCGCCUCAAGCUGCAAUAUCUGAGCCAGCUCAACAACCCAAGGCGGACCGAGCUGAUAGAAGACCCAGCCCUCACUCGAUGGGUGUAUGCUCGCAAUCUGAACCACAUCUAUCCUAAUUUUCGUCCAAGUCCUAAGACUUCACUGAUGGGAUUUCUCUGUGGUGUAGUGCCUCUAUUUGUCUGGUACUACGUCUUCAAAACUGAUCGGGACGGUAAAGAAAAGCUUAUCAAGGAGGGAAUGGAGCGACCAUUUAGUCUAACGUCAUGAGUGCUUUUAGCAGAGAUGACAUGUGACCAGUAAUUGUACAGUAUGUUAUGCAAAAAUUAAACGUCCUUAUGCUUUAAAUAAACAUUGAUUUAAUUUA